UGUCACCUUACAAGAUCGUAGUGAGCAGGAAAACUUCCGUGUACCUGUUAUGCACUAUAUUACAUAUAAUGAAACAUAAAGGAAACAGACCACAGUUGCAGUCGUGGUAGAGUGUUUAAGUUCUGUCUUUUACAGGGGUGACAGCAGGGACAUCCAUGGCGUCCAAUUAUAGACCACUUACCUCCCCUUUAGAGAUUUCAUCAACAUCUGCUACAGGUAGCGCUACUACGUCAAUGUCUAAUUCCGGCAAAAUGGAGGAAGUGAAGAGUAGAAGACCUAAAGAAACAAAAUUUAAGCAGCAGAAGUUACCUGCAUGGCAGCCCAUCCUUACAGCGGGAACAGUACUGCCAGCCUUCUUUGCCAUCGGAAUUGCAUUCAUUCCCCUUGGCAUUGCUCUGCUCAUCACCUCCAAUUCAGUGAAGGAGUUUUCCUAUGACUAUACCCAAUGUACAUCAUCUGCGGGGGAUACCUGUGCAUCUCAACUGGCUGCCAUUGGUACAAACAACUCUGGAUUUGUAUGUAGCUGUGUCAUAACAUUUACACUACCGGAGAAUUUUGAGAAAGAUGUGUACUUGUACUACGGCUUGUCCAACUACUACCAGAAUCACAGACGGUACGUGCGGUCUCGUGAUGACAACCAGAUACACGGAGAUGUUGUCAGCUCCACCUCACUGUUGUCUGACUGCGAACCCUACCUUACCAAGCCCUUCAACUCCACCCUGACCUUACCUAUAGCACCCUGUGGAGCCAUCGCCAACAGCCUGUUCAAUGAUACAUUUACACUGACUUACAAUGGUGGAUCGAGUACGGAGUCUGUCACACUACUUAACACUGGCAUAGCAUGGCUCUCCGACAAGAAGGACAAGUUCAAUAAUCCUGCUAGCUGGAGUGGUUUCACCAAUCCACCUAGCUGGCCAAACAAGUCUGCCUGGACACUUGACAUCAACAACAGUGACAAUAACGGCUAUGUCAACGAGGACCUCAUCGUGUGGAUGAGGACUGCAGCUCUCCCCACCUUCCGCAAGCUCCAUCGCAGGAUCAGUCAUCAGGGCACGUUCUUGGAAUCUCUGCCAAUGGGCAAUUACACCAUCAACAUUGACUACGCCUACCCAGUGAUUUCCUUUGAUGGCACAAAGCAGUUCAUCAUCUCAACGACAUCCUGGUUAGGAGGGAAGAACCCAUUCCUGGGUAUCGCGUACAUCGUGGUGGGGAGUAUCUGUAUACUCCUCGGAGUGAUCUUCCUCAUCAUUCACAUUAAAUACGGCAAGAAGCCUCGGGAAAUAUUGAAGAACACGCAUGACUCGACAGACGAUGAAGAGAACGAGUAAGAGUCUCCGAGGCCAUCAAUGUGACAAGUAGAACUGCAUACUGAGGUGGAGGGGAGUUCCAAAAGCAAGGGGAAGUAAUCUGGUACAAACUUGAGUGAUGGAAGUGGAGGCCGCUUGGGCAAUAUCAACUAAUGUGCAAUCUCUAGCUGACUGACCUCCGGUUUGGUUCUGGUGUACUCAAUCAACAAAACUUACGUUUCAUAUUGUCUUGGAUAUCAUUUCCCUUAUUUAUCAUUGUGCUAGUGACGAUGAAUGGAUGUGUUUGUUGUUAAGUGCAAGAUCACAUUUACGUCAUAUUCUCAGAUUGCAAAAUAGAAAAUAGAAAAACUUUCAAACUGAUAAGGUGCAUGUACCAUUAAUAUCAAGAAUCUGUUUUUAUCCUAUGUUGAUAUUUCAUUGUGGAGUGAAAAAUUGUUUCUUUUAAAAUGAAGAUCAUGAUUAAAUUAUUAAUGGAGAGUGAUCAUUUGAAUUUAUGGUACUCAUUAAGAAACUGUUUUGGCCAAGUUUCAGUGAGUGAGAAUUUAAUGACUUUGUACAUGUUCUGGUGUGCUGAAGAAUACAAACACGUUUUUGUCCAUGUUGUGAUUGACACAGAAUUCGAUGGAUGUUAUACUAUUUAUAUGUACUAGUUUAUGAAUGUGUAUGAAAGAGAGAAAAAUGAACAUUGAAAUCCUUAUGAUGUAGAAUUGUAUUGUCCCAAGUCAAUUUGUGUCGAACUCCUAUUAUUUGAUUCUUAAAGUUUAAGUGAUUUAACCAUAUUUAAAAAACACCUCCUUCUGAUCAAUCUAUUCCUAUCUGGCUGUUUUAACAGCACUACUUUAUGACAGUGCAUUAAAAAUUUAUAUGGAAAUACAUGUUUGGUUCAUACAGGUGGUGUUCUGUGCUCUGUGGUUUUCUAAUCUCUCAGUAUACAGGUCCUUUAUGCAUCUUAAUACAAUGGGGUUAAGUCUAUGGAUUUCUCAGGGUUCAUAAUUUAUACCAUGGAUUUUAUUUGUCUGAGUUCAGGAACCUGUUAAAUGAAAAUAAAAAAUCUGUGAAAUGAAAAUGUAAAUAGUCAAGAUUGAGUCUUGACUUGAUUUUGUUUGUGACGCUACACAAACUUGUGGAUAUUUGUGUGUCCCUUUUGAUGCUAGUCUGCAUGUCCGAUUGAUUAUUUAUUGCGUACACCAUACAUUUAUGUAGAGUGAAACCUGACUACACCAACACCUGCCUUAACCCUUUCACCCCUAUGUAACUUUAGUAGACUAUAUAGCUACUAUGCAUAGAUCUGGAUGAGUCUAAUAUGGUCUACAGUGGUGAAAGGGUUAAAGGAUACAAUUUAAUACCAGGUUUCACAAACUAUCUUAUCCUGACCACCUUGAUAUCGAAUAAGUCCUGGUUUAAUUCCGUUGGUAAAGUCAGGUUUCAGCAUCAUUAUAAUUUUAUCCCAGGACACCAAGGCAAGGAAUAGCACAAAUUUAGCUUCUCUGUUAACGUAUUAAUAUAAAACCUAGCAGGCCGAAUCAUUGUUGGCCACUAUUUAUGUUGAAAUGCAGAAAUCUUCAGAAAUUACUACUCUUCCAUAUGCCCAGCACUUUUUCAUUUAUAUCAAUAUAAACUAGAAAUUAGACCAGUUUAAAAAAAAAAUAUCUGCACAUCUGUAUUUGUUCCAUUUGCUGGUUUGUACACUGUUUUUAUAUUGAUUUUAUUUGCAAAUGCUAGUACGGCGAUGUUAAAAAGUAAACUAAAAAAAAGUACCUUAAUCAUUGGUUGCUGGCAACUUACCGGUACUGUGUAUGGUCAUAGACUAGGUUUAAGAGACUCCUUCCUUGGUGCCCAACUUAAUAAUUGGUCAUUGCAUCAUGGCUACACAGAUUUUAGAUGUUGUAUAGUUAAAUAUUAAUAUGUUUAAGACUGUGAUUUUAAUAAUUAUUAGAAGGAUUAUUACACUUGUAAUAGGAUUAUAGGAUGAAGAUUUAUAUAUUUCUUGAUUAAAGUAAACUAUCUGUACAUAAAUAUAUGAAUUUAUUGCUGUAAUGAUCACAUAUUGCACAAUUUUCAAAACAAGUAUCUUAAAUUUACAAGUUCUGCUAUUUGUUCUAUCUUCAUAAACUCCCUGAGCACAUGAAUGUCACACAUAUCAUCAGUAAUUCAAAGUUGGGUGUACAAAUGCUCCUUGUAACAAAUGUUCAAAUUUGUGUUUUCAUGUGUUGUAUUAUCACCUGUGGAAUUCAUGUGUAUAUUGUGGUUUUUCUUAGAUUGAUCGAAAGAUUUUUAAGGGAAGAACAAUUCAACAGAAGAGUCCAACCAACUGGUCGUGAUUUUGUGUAUCUAAGUUACAUAAUGUGCUAAAAAUAUCUUAAGUUUCCAAAUCCAAUUAAAAGAAAACAAGUUGUCAGUGAAAUGUAACCUGUAUACAUAUUGUAUAAUUGUGUACUAUUUGUACAUUGUAUAAUUGUGUACUAUUUGUACAUGGUAUAAUUGUGAAUUAAAAACAUGUAUACACUGUUUAAUGUUGUAUGAAAUAUACUUUGUAUAAAUGAGUACUUUUUGUACAUUGUAUAAAUGUGUACUUUUUGUACAUUGUAUAAAUUUGUACUAAAUAUACAUUGUAUAAUGGUGUAUGAUUUGUACAUUAUACCCUGGUGUACUAUUUACACUUUAAAUAACCAUUGGAAUACAAUUCAUGAGAGUAGAUCUGAUAACAAGAUCAUAUAUGUUACUGUAGAAAACUAAAUGUUAUUUAUUUGUUAAAUAAUACUCUAGAUAUAUAUUAAAAGAAAAACUUUGGUCCAUGAUUAGAUAUUUCAAAGCCAGGAACAUCAAAAAUCAGUCUGGCAUAACCAGUAAUACAGUUGGAAUUAAAAUACGGACAAACCUUUUUAACUUAACUUUCUCUGUAGUUCAUAUUUCACUUUUUUCCAGUUUUAUACAGUGUUCUUACAUUACUCAGAAUACAAUCACCCACAUACACUAGAUGUUACUCAUAAUGUUAAAACACUCCAAAGGAAUUUUCAAUUCAGUCAUCCAAGAUGUUUCUUGGAGAUAUUUUAGAAUGCUAUCUUUUCUUUUCGCAUGGUGAAUUUGUUUGAAAAAGUUGCAUAAUGUUGCUUGAAAAUGUCAGUUUCAUUUCAGGUCCGAAGAGCAAUUUAUAUCAGUAUUUGUGGUUGUGUGAAAAAGAAGUAUAGUGCGUUAAUAUGGAGUAGAUAAUCCUUUUAAGAUACAAUUUUCAACAUUCCUUUAGUAUUUUAAUAAAACUUUGUUGUUACUGGAAAUUAGAACAGGAAAUAACUUGUCAUUAUAGAAAAUCAUAUUGUUUUAUUAAUAAACUGAUCAUAUUAAUAUGAUCAUACUUUA